AUGCAUUCCGGAAAAGUCAAACCCCGGCGCGAGGUUCGAUACCUAUUCGUCGAAGCUGACGCCUCCUAUAACAUCAUCAUCGACAGACCAACCCUGAACCAACUUAAGGCAGUGGUAUCCACUCCACACCUCACCAUGAAAUUUCUAGGGCACGACAGAAGGAUCAUCUCCGUUAGAGCAAACCAACAGGUAGCACGACAAUGCUACGCGAACAGCCUGGAAACCACUUCGCCAAACGAACAACAUAAAAACAACCUCAAUGCUCUGGCUCACGCCGACCACGAGGAAGUCACCGACCUCGAUCCAAGAUCCGACGCUCGCGACGAACGACCCAGCCCCGUCGAUGAGCUCAACGACCUUCAAAUCGGAAAGCUUCCCGGCCAAACAACAAAGAUCAGCAGGCAAUUGGCUCCCGAGCUGCGUAAGCAACUCCAGGUAGAGAUCCUCAAAAACGCGGACCUCUUCGCCUGGUCCAGUGCCGAUAUGCCCGACAUAGACGCCAACUUUAUCUGCCACAGACUAGCGAUACAUAAGGAGGCAAAACCAGUCACACAGAGGAAGAGGAAGGUAGGCGGCGAAAGACGGGAAGCAGUCAUUGCCGAAACACAGAAGUUACUCCACAUCGGCUUCAUCCGUGAAGUCAGAUACACUACCUGGCUGGCAAACGUGGUCCUAGUGAAAAAGAACUCGGGAAAGUGGCUACACACGUCUUUCAUCACUGACCACGCCAACUAUUGUUACCGGGUGAUGCCUUUCGGCCUCAAAAAUGCAGGGGCCACUUACCAGCGGUUGAUGGAUAAAGUGUUCCACCACCAAAUCGGGCGAAACAUGCAAGUAUACGUGGACGACAUGGUGGUCAAAACCGCCUCAGCAACGGACCACGCUACCGACCUCGCCGAAGUGUUCGCCCAGAUCAGAAAGCACAACAUGCGCCUCAAUCCAGAGAAGUGCGUCUUCAGCAGCCCGCAAAUAGUAAAACAGGUUCAGCGCCUAGCCGGGCGGCUGGUCUCACUGUCCCGCUUUAUCCCCAAGAUCACGGAGAGAGCGGAACCAAUUUUCACCUUGCUAAAAAAGCCAAAUAACUUUCUAUGGACCAACCAGUGUGAGGAAGCCUUUCAAAGCUUCAGGGAAUUCCUCGCAACCCCGCCAGUCUUACAGAGGCCGGAUCACAAUACCGACCUCCUUCUCUACAUGGCGGUAGCGGAAAACGCCAUCAGUGCUGUCAUCGUACAAGAGCAUCAGCAGACGCAGACACCCAUUUACUUUAUCAGCCGGGUCCUCCAAGAUGCGGAAAAAAGAUACCAGAUGGUCGAAAAGUUGGCAUUGGCCCUAGUCACCGCAGCCCGGCGACUCUGA